CAACAUGGCGGCCAGCUGCCACUUCUUUGCGGCUGCUUUGCUGUUGCUCUUCAGCGGGGUUUUAAGUUUUCCUGUCGGCCAAGAGGAAAGAGGCGCCACCACCUGCGGAUACCAGUCAUGUCAGGCCACCAAGCCCACCAUGCUGAAUGUUCACCUGGUUCCUCACACACACGACGACGUGGGCUGGCUAAAGACCGUGGACCAGUACUUCUAUGGAGAUCGUAACGACAUCCAACACGCCGGCGUUCAGUACAUCCUGGACUCGGUGGUGGAUCAGCUGCUGAAGAACCCAGACAGACGGUUCAUCUACGUGGAGACAGGCUUCUUCUACCGCUGGUGGAAGCAGCAGAGCUCCAGCAUGCAGCAGACGGUCAAGCAGCUGGUUAACCAAGGUCGGCUGGAGUUUGUAAAUGGCGGCUGGUGUAUGAGCGACGAGGCCACGACGCACUACAGCGCCGUCAUCGACCAGAUGACCAUCGGCCUGAGGUUUCUGAACGAGACCUUUGGGAUCUGCGGUCGCCCCCGGGUCGCCUGGCACAUUGACCCCUUUGGCCACGCCCGCGAACACGCCUCUCUCUUUGCACAGAUGGGAUACGACGGCUUCUUCUUCGGUCGCCUGGACUACCAGGACCGGACUCGCAGGAUGAAGGCGAAGGAGCAGGAGCUCCUCUGGAGAGCCUCAGACAGCCUCCCACCACCCAUGGCCGACCUCUUCACCGGAAUCCUUCCCAACGGGUACAACCCUCCAGAAGGGUUCUGCUGGGACCAGCUGUGCGCCGACGCACCAAUCAGAGACGACCCCGACCUUGAGGAUUAUAACGUUGACGAUGUUGUCCAGCGCUUCCUUCGCGCCGCCAAGAGUCAGGCGUUAGUGUACAAGACCAACCACAUCAUUAUGACCAUGGGCUCAGACUUCCAGUACGAGAACGCCAACCUGUGGUACAAGAACCUGGACAAGCUGAUCCGCUACGUCAACGACCAGCAGGGCAACGGCAGCAACGUCAACGUCCUCUAUUCCACUCCAUCCUGCUACCUGCAGGAGCUUCACAAAGCUAACCUCACCUGGCCUCUGAAGACGGACGAUUUCUUUCCCUACGCGGACAACGCUCAUAACUUCUGGACGGGAUACUUCACAAGCCGACCGGCGCUGAAACGCUACGAGAGGAUCAGCAACAGCAACCUGCAGACUUGUAAUCAGCUGGAGGUUCUGGGCGGUCCAGUUUCCAGGAAUGGGCUGUUUGGACAGGGUGACAGCAAGACUUUGAGGAAAGCAAUGGCUGUGGCUCAGCACCAUGACGCAGUGUCAGGAACAGAGAAACAACAUGUUGCCAACGACUACGCCAAGAUGCUAGCCAAAGGCUGGCAACACUGCCAGGUUUUGGUCAGCAACAGUUUGGCUUCCCUCACUGGCUCCUCUGCUGAAAGAAUCUACUGUGAUAACCUCAACGUCAGUGUGUGUCCUCUAACCGAGUCCAGCAGCAAGUUCUCGCUCAGUGUGUACAACCCUCUGGGUCGGUCCGUCACCUGGCCCAUCAGGCUGCCGGUCAACGGGACGGUGUACGCCGUCACUGACGCUCAAGGAAAACCCGUGGACUGUCAGGUGCUUCCUGUGUCCAGAGCCACACAGGAAGUGAGGAGGAGCCGCAGCUUCGCCAAGAACGAGCUGGUGUUCCAGGUCCGAGCUCCUCCUCUGGGUUACAUCAGCUACUCUGUGUCCCUGCUGCAGGACGGGCCGCCAUCGUCCUCGCCUCAACACCAGGCUCCCACCAGCAUCCAAAACAAGUUUCUUCAAGUGACCUUUGACCCUGACACUGGCCUUUUGUCCGGUCUCAGCAACCUGGAAACCAAACAGACCAUAAAGCUUUCACAAAACUUCUACUGGUACAAUGCCAGUGACGGCAACAACGACGAGAGUCGGCAGACCUCUGGAGCCUACAUCUUCAGACCCAACUCCUCCACACCUGUCAUGGUCAGCAGUAAGGCCAGAGUGGAGGUCUUUCAGAACUCGGUGGUGCAGGAGGUGCGGCAGCGGUUCGCUCCCUGGGUGUCUCAGGUGGUCCGACUCUACGCCGACAGCAAAGCCGUGGAGCUGGAGUGGACGGUCGGACCGGUGCCGGUCAAUGAUGACCAGGGGAAGGAAGUGAUCACUCGUCUGGACACCAGCAUUAAAACCGCAGAGUUUUUCUACACCGACUCAAACGGCAGAGAAGUUCUCCAGAGAAAGAAAGACUUCCGUCCCACAUGGCAGCUCAAGCAAACGGAACCCAUUGCUGGGAAUUAUUACCCCAUCAACUCUCGCGCCUUUAUAAAGGAUGGCACGGACCAACUCACAGUAGUGACAGAUCGCUCUCAGGGAGGAGCGAGUAUAUACAACGGAUCUCUGGAGAUCAUGCUUCACCGCCGGCUGCUGCAUGACGACUACCGCGGCGUCGGUGAAGCCCUCGAUGAGAGUUCGGAGCUCUUCCCCGACGGCCUGGUGGUCCGCGGUCGCCUCCUCCUCUCCCUGGAGCCGCCUGCCACCGCCGCAGACACACACCGCCCCCUGGCACAGGAAGUGGUAUCACAACCCCUGCUGUCGUUCACCAAUGGAGACCUGAACCCGAACGCACGACUGGAGUUUUCAGGCCUUCAAGCAUCGCUGCCCCCUGCUGUCCACCUCCUGACACUGAGUCAGUGGGACGAGGAGUCCGUCCUGCUCAGGCUGGAGCAUCAGUUCCAGAGCUGGGAGAGCAAAGCCAGCUCCCAACCCGUCACAGUCAACCUUCAGAAGCUGUUUUCCACUCUGAAUGUUCUGGGUGUUUCUGAGCUGAACCUUUCAGCCAAUCAGUGGAAAGAUGAGAUGAAGCGUUUUGAUUGGUCUCCUGAAAAAGAAGAGAAACCCCUGCUGAAGACGUUUGAGGAUCCGUCUGUGUGGGAAAUCACCCUGAGGCCCAUGGAGAUCAGAACAUUUUUACUCAGGGUCACAUUUCAAUAACCAAUCAUGUCCAUCCAAUAGGUGGAAAGGUGUUCCAAACUGAGGAUAUCACUUAAAUCUGCAGUGAAAGGGAUUUGAAAAUAAUUUUCAUUUAUGCCUGUCUUUUUAUUGUUUCCACUAGUGACAGGCAUUAAAUCACACAACUUUCAAAUUUUAGCUGAAGACACCUUCAGACGCUGCUGUAACCGUCUUGUUUUCAGAAAAGCAAGCACCCAAAUUUCAGCUGAUUUAAAGACAACAAACACUGCAGGAGUGAAAUAAAGUUUUUAAAAAAAGUUAGAAUGUCGAAUAAUUGCAGUCAUUUUAAAAGUUAGAGCCGUCAGUCAGGUUGAAUGACGAGCUUUAGGUUUGGACCUGAAGGUUUGUUUGACUGUAACAUACAGCAGGAGCCACACAACAUGAAUAAAACCUGAAACAAUUUAUUAUAACUGAAACUGCUGCUGAACAGCCCCAACACUUCCUAUCAUAUCCCAAAAGAUCAGCAAUAUUUUAUACGAUUCCCACUGCUGAAAGCUUUUUCCGUUUGCAUUCACUUAGUAUUACCAAAUUGUCUUCAUAGUACUUUUUUAAAUCCACCCAUGAUAUUCCUCAGUAUUAUGCUGUUCCUGUUACCGCCCCCUUGUGGUAGCAACAAAACAUUGCAACUAGACUAUUAAGAAUAAAAUGAACCUUUUAAGAAAUUUGAAUCUUUCCAACUUGGAGCAGUGACUGUAUUUCUGCUGUAAAGCGCUUUAAUCCUCUGAUUUGUCUUCACUGAAUUAUGCUGCGCUAUGAACAGACUGUUUAAAACCCACUUUUUUGAUUUUUUUUGGCAAAUAUUUAAAUGGGUCCUUUGUUCAUCUAAAUCAGCUGCAGUUUAAGCUGCAGAUAUGAGAGUUCAGAGGGCAAAACAUUGUGAUUGUCUGUAGGUUCCAUCUGUGGCUCAAAAACUAAAUUCAUUAAUGGUUUGGACUAAAACUGGAGCUGUGAUGAGGAAUAUUUUGGGUAAAAGGACAAUCUAUACAUGGAUUCAAGCAAAAAUCUAUUUUUUUAAAUGGCUUAUUCUUGAGGUAUAUAAAGAAUAAUGAAUAAGGUAGUUUUUUUUCAGGAAUUAUCCAUAACUGGAUAAAAAUCUUAAUUUUGUCUCCACUGUGAAAUUUCUGAACCAUCUGUGCAUUUAUAAACAAUUUGAAGAUGUAGAUACAGGAUUAUUUCCAUGUCUGUAGAAACAAUUGACUGUUUUUGUUACCAACUGGUGCCAAAAUAUACUGACCAACAUGUGCAAUAUUUUGUUUUACUCAUGUAUGUACAUACAUGUUUUUACAGCUGAACAAGCAUCUUAUAAUAAAAUUCUGGUCAUUUA